AUGAAGAAGGCCAACUUGACCCCGAGAACGAUACUGCUCAGAAGGCCUCGAUCUCGGCCCACCCGGUCGCCUGUGCUGGGCAUUUCACCCGGUACCGCAGCAACAGCAACGCAGCAGAGAUUUCGAGGCCUCGCCUUCGCGGCGCCCAGCUUCCGGCACUUUCAGCCCCACCGACGGAUAAACCGCCGUCGCCCGCUUCCUUUAGCGCCUUCCGCUGCUGCUAAUACCAAGAUUUCGUGGAACACGCACCGAGUGUCCCUUUUCGUCGCUGGCACCGGCGAGGGAGAUGGCCGGCAGAGUUCAGGCUAUGGCUUUCGUCCCACACGAUAUCGCGGCCUUCCAGUCCCUGCACUUGCCGGCCAAUUCGGCCCAGGAGGAUGUUUCGGCUACACGUUUGGCGACGGUGGUCGCACGUUUUGCUCCGCCAAGAGAGGGCGGGCGGAGAAGGGGCGGUUGAGGGCGGGGGCGGGCGUGGGGGCCGAGACAGGGACGGUCAAGCUGAGGUUCAAAGAUGUGGCGACGCUAGAGGAGGCAGAGGCGGCGGCGGAGCUUGAAGCGCUCUCCGAGGAAAUUGCUGCCCACGAUGUUCGGUACUACCUGGAGGACGUACCAUCCGUCACCGACGCGGAGUAUGACGCCCUACGCCUGCGGAAUGGGGAGAUCGAGGCCGCCUUCCCGUCUCUCGUACGCUCCGACUCCCCUUCCUCCCGUGUUGGCGCCGCCAGUACCACCACCGACAUGGAGGCACUCAAUAACCAGCAGGAGCUGCCGGUAGCGGCAGCUGCCGCGACUUCAGAUGGGGAGGGGGGAGCCGCUCCUGCAGGCCCUAAAGCUUCCAAGCGCGCCGCUCGCCUGCCGGCCGUGCGACACCUUCGUUCGCUCGGCUCGCUGGACAACGUGUUCGACGAGGAGAAGGCCGCGGAGUUCGUGGACCGCGUCCGCAGGGCGGCCGACGUCGCCACACUCGGCGAGGGAGGCGGAGCUGAUCGGCAGGCGGGAGCAGCGGAUGGAGCCGCGAAAAACGAGACCAAAGCGGGGGUCGAGGGGGUGCUGCCGCCGCCGCCUCCGCCGCCGCAAAUGGCUGAUGAAGAGGCAAGGACGGCGAUGCCCAUCGGGGUUGAAUUGCCAGGAGCAGCCGACGGGGGAGCACUGCUAGCCGGGGGGGAGGCUCGAGCGGAGCUGUGUUUCGUGGCGGAGCCCAAGAUCGACGGCCUCACGUGUGCCUUGCUGUACGAAGACGGCCGGUUCGUGAGAGCGGCGACGAGGGGGGACGGGGAACGCGGCGAGGACGUGACGGCCAACGCGCUGGCGCUCGGGGACGCCGUCAUCCCACACCACCUCCCGCUUUCCUCUGCCGCUGCCGUCGCGGAGGGAGCGGACGGGGGGGCUGUCCCGACGAGGGAAGCGGAGGCAGCGGCGGCGGCGGCAGCGGCGGCAGAGCGGGCGCCAUCAUCUCCGGUGGUGCCCCGCGGGCGGUUCGAGGUGCGGGGCGAGGUUUUCAUGUCCGAUGAGGCCUUCGAGAGGCUAAACGAGGAGAGGGAGGCCGAAGGCCUGCCCGCGUUCGCCAGCGCGCGCAACGCGGCGGCGGGCAGCUUGCGCCAGCUCGACCCAGCCGUGACGCGCCGCCGCGGCCUGCGGUUCUUCGCCUACGGGGCGGCGGUAGGACAAGAGAGAGGGCGGUCGGCAUCGGAGGAGGCCGCCGCCGCCGCUGUAGGCGGUGAUGCCUUGGCGUCUGCGUUUGGCACCCAGGACGCGUUGUUGACGGCGCUUGAGGGGUGGGGGUUCGAGGUCGCGAGGCCCCGCCUGCCUCCCACGGUGUCCGCGGACGAGCUGGUAGAGUUCCACCGCAGGUUGGCGCGAGAACGUUCUUCGCUAGGCUACGCGGUGGACGGCGUCGUGUACAAGCUUGACGACCUCGCGCUCCAGGAGCGGCUGGGAGCAAGCGCUAGGGCCCCGCGGUGGGCGGUGGCCCACAAGUUCGGGGCGGAGGAGGGCGAGACCGUGCUCUCAGAGAUUGUCAUCCAGGUCGGGCGCACGGGAGCGCUCACCCCGGUGGCGGUGCUGGAGCCCGUGCUUCUCGGAGGGGCAACGGUUUCGAGGGCAACGCUGCACAACGCGAGAGAGGUCGAAGAGCUGGGGUUGCGCCCUGGCGACCGGGUCAAGGUUCGGCGGGCGGGAGACGUCAUCCCCCAGGUGCUCGGACUCGCGUCGCCCCCACACCCGGACAGCAGCAGUGCUGGCGAAGGCGAUGACGACAGCGCAAGGUUUGCGUUCCCGACAUGCUGUCCCGCUUGCGGCACGCCGGUGGUGAAGGAGGAGGACAAGGCCGUAACCCGCUGCCCGGCGGGCCUGAGCUGCCCAGCCCAGGCGGUGGAGCGGCUGAAGCACUUCGUUUCCAAGGGAGCGUUCGACAUUCAGGGGCUAGGCCCGGCAAGACUGCUCGAGCUGUACGAAGCUGGGAUCGUCCGCAGCCCGGUCGACGUCCUCAGGCUGCGCUCGCAGACAGCGGUGCAAGCGCAGCCGCCGCCGCCGCCUGCCGCCGCGGCCCCUCUGGCCGACCAACGAGAGAGGGACGUGGAAGACGGGCUCGAGGGCGCCUCCGUGAGAGACGGUAACAAAGGCGAAGAUGGUGGCGACAAGAAGAAGAAGAACAGCAGAAAGAAGAGGAAAGUGAAAAAGAAAUCGUCGAGCGCCGCAAAGAACCAAAGUGGGGACGGUAACAGUGACCGAAAUGAUCGGGAGGAGGAGGAAGAGGAGGAGGAGGAGGAGGAGGAGGAGGAGGAGGAGGAGUCGAUCCUGGAGGGGAGGGAAGGGUGGGGGCGGUUGUCCGCGAGGAACGUGCUGGAUGCGGUGGACAGAGCCAAGGACGGCGUGUCGCUCGGACGGUUCAUUUAUUCCCUGGGUGUUCCACUCGUGGGCGCGCGCAUGGCGGAAGUAAUCGCGGAGGAGUUCAACGGAGAGUUCGAGGCGUUUUGGGGAGCGCUCACAAGAGCAGGGCUUCCGACACCUCCCAAGGUCGUCAACGGCACCGGCCCGACUGAGCCCGCCGCUGCAGAGGCGUUCCAGGGCAUCCAGGGCAUGGGCCCGGCGAUGCUCGCCUCCCUGCUUCGCUUCGCGAAAGCCGAGAACGGCAAUCGGCCGGUGGUGGAGGCGCUCGCUUCGGAGGUCCGGUUCUCGGCCCGGGCUCGUCGGCGUCAUGCGGGGGGGGGCGAGUGGAUGGUGGCAUUGGAUGCGGUCGUACGCAAGGGGGGGGGGGGGGGGUCCGCAGGCGGCGGCGCUUGGGUGGAGGGGAAGACUGUGGUCUUCACCGGGACUUUGACGAGGAUGAAGCGCACGGAAACGCAAGAAGCGGCCCGCGAGUUGGGAGCUCGCGUGACGGGGUCUAUCUCUCGGAAGACGGAUAUGGUAGUGGUGGGGCUCAACCCCGGCGGCAAGCUGGAGAAGGCGCGGGAACUCGGGGUGGAGGUGGUGUCGGAGGAGGAGUGGUACCGGAGAAUCGGCCUCCCUCCAUGA